CGGGCGGGGACCGUGAGGGGCCGUGAGGGGACCCGGGAGCUGCGCGGGCCGAGGCACCCCCGUACCGACCCCGCCACCGACCUCGGGCCCAGGGCACGGACGAAAUGAAAAUUUAGAAAAACCUUUGCCAAAUAAAGAAGAUGGGAGCGAAUAGCAGCAGCAUCAGUGAGCUUCCAGAAAAUGAGUACUUACAGAAACUGUCAGGAUCAGAGCCCAUCUCUGAGAAUGACCCGUUCUGGAAUCAGCUUCUGUCUUUUAGCUUCACCACUCCAACAAACAGUGCUGAUUUAAAGCUCUUGGAAGAAGCCACAAUCUCUGUCUGCAAGUCUUUAGUUGAGAAGAAUCCUCGAACAGGAAACCUUGGAUCAUUGAUUAAAGUCUUUCUUUCUAGAACCAAAGAGUUAAAAAUUUCAGCAGAAUGCCAGAACCACCUCUUUAUCUGGCAGGCUCACAAUGCACUGUUCAUUAUUUGCUGUUUGCUGAAAGUAUUCAUCAGUCGAAUGUCAGAAGAGGAGCUGCAACUUCAUUUUACUUAUGAAGAGAAAGCAGGACCAAGCUCUUAUGGAGCAGAGUGUGAAGACCUUAUAGAAGAGUUGCUAUAUUGCCUCAUCCAGCUCAUUGUUGAAAUUCCCCUCUUGUACCCCUGUCAGCACACAGACAGUAACUGGUGGAAAUGGUUGUGCUCAUGGUACAGGGGAAGGUACAGUGGAGGUGUCACUUCAGCUCUGGGGUAUGCAGUAAGAGAUAUUACAUACAGCAUUUCUUUGGAAGCCGUGACUACUCUCAUUGUGUUCCUCUCCUGCCAAUUAUUCCACAAAGAGAUUGUGCGAGAGAGCAUCAUUCACAGAUACCUGAUGCAUGGUCGAUGUCUCCCAUACACCAGCAGACUUGUGAAAACUUUGCUGUAUAAUUUCAUUAGACAAGAGAGAAGCCCUCCUCCAGGGACCCAUGUCUUUCAGCAGCAAACAGAUGGAGGAGGACUGCUCUAUGGAAUUGCAUCUGGGGUGGCAACUGGCCUGUGGACAGUGUUCACACUGGGUGGAGUGGGCAGCAAAGCAUCGGCACAGCUGGAGCAGUGCUCCCCUCUGGCCAGCCAGAGCCUGCUGCUGCUGCUGGUCCUGGCCAACCUGACUGACACUCCAGACACCCCAAACCCCUACAGACAAGCCAUCAUGUCCUUCAAGAACACACAAGAUAACACUGCUUUUUCGUCAUCAAAUCCACACGCUUUCCAGAUCAACUUUAACAGUUUAUACACAGCUUUAUGUGAUCAGCAGAAAUCUGAUCAAGCCACUCUUCUCCUAUACAUGCUUCUGCAUCAGAACAGCAAUGUGCGCACCUACGUGUUGGCACGGACAGACAUAGAGAAUCUGGUUCUGCCAAUUCUUGAAAUCCUGUAUCACGUUGAAGAAAGGAAUUCACACCAUGUUUACAUGGCCCUUAUCAUUUUGCUGAUCCUCACAGAGGAUGAUGGCUUCAACCGAUCCAUUCAUGAAGUGAUACUGAAAAACAUUACUUGGUAUGCUGAGCGUGUCCUAACAGAGAUCUCACUUGGGAGUCUUCUGAUACUGGUUGUGAUAAGAACCAUCCAGUACAACAUGACACGGACAAGGGACAAAUACCUUCACACAAAUUGUCUGGCAGCCUUAGCAAAUAUGUCGGCACAGUUCCGCUCGCUUCACCAGUAUGCUGCUCAGAGGAUCAUCAGUCUAUUUUCUCUGUUGUCUAAAAAACACAACAAAGUGCUGGAGCAAGCCACGCAGUCCUUGAGAGGUUCCUUGGGUUCAAACGACUCUCCACUUCCUGAUUAUCACUUUUGGGAGAUGUCUGAUUGCCUUCACUUCUCUGAAACAAAGUUGAUACACGCACAAGACCUGAAUGUGAUUGAGGAAGUGAUCCGGAUGAUGCUGGAGAUCAUCAACUCCUGCCUGACCAACUCCCUCCAUCACAACCCCAACCUGGUGUACGCUCUGCUCUACAAGCGCGAUCUGUUCGAGCAGUUUCGGACUCACCCCUCCUUCCAGGACAUCAUGCAAAAUAUAGACCUGGUGAUCAGCUUUUUCAGCUCCCGAUUAGAGCAAGCUGGAGCUGAGCUGUCAGUGGAGCGAGUUCUGGAAAUCAUCAAGCAAGGAGCUGUUGCUUUGCCCAAAGACAGGCUAAGAAAAUUCCCUGAGCUGAAGUUUAAGUACGUGGAGGAGGAGCAGCCUGAGGAGUUCUUCAUCCCCUACGUGUGGUCCCUGGUGUACAACUCUGCCGUGGCCCUGUACUGGAACCCCCGUGACAUCCAGCUCUUCACCAUGGACUCGGGCUGAGGGACACCCCGGCCAGGCCAGCCCCGCUCCAUCCUACAGGAAUCGAACCUCUGCACCCCUUCCAACCUGACCCCCUCCAACUGCCCCCCUGACCCCAGAGCCAGUGUCCAGCCCAGCCUCACGCUGGGACAGACUGGUGUGGGGCACUGAUGGCUUGUAGGCAACCUUGUGUUUAUAGUCCGUAACCUAGAGCUUGUUUGAUGAAAAUGAGGCCUUACACAUGGGGUAUGAUGUUACUACCAACCACAAACCUGAUCGUCCUUUUAACUUAACAGGCUAAAUGAGAUUGCAGGCUUUGAUUUGGAAGCAGUAUUUGUAUUUUUGGCUCUUUGGAGCGGGCAGCUUCCUUGGGUCAAGCUUUUUAUGGUCUCUUGGAUGCUGCCGUGGGGUGCUCGUUACCUAAUCCUUGUUUCCACUCACAGCCCUUCGUUUCUGUGGCACUGGCUGCAGCCCUUAAAUUGCUGUCUACACUGUCAUCCGAGGGAACUAAGCAAGCAGCAUCUUAAUCAGGUUAGCUCCCAGGCAGAUUCAAAACACUUGAUUUAGAUGUUUGUGGGAGGAUUUUCAAUAGCAAGUCUUCUGUUGUUGUUGUUGUUUGACUGACAAAUACUCUCCAGAGGGCAAGAAACACCUGCUUUCGGAGUCAAGUCCCUUACAGACUUGUUUUUCUGUGCUCCUGUACAAAAUUGUUCCUGGAAAUUGAACGUGUAAGGGGAAAAAAAAGUCCAAAGAAAAUAAUUACAAGAUUGUAAAAUA